AUGAACUCCAAUACUCUGAGAAUUCGCGGCAGUGACGCGACAACAAGAACCAAUACUUCUUUCGAUCCAGUCACAAUAUUAGAAUCGUACAAGACUAUGCUUAGUGAGAAGAAUGAAGUAUAUAAAGAAUUUUUUGAAGAUAAUUCUGAGACACAGCUUGCAAAACUCAAACAAAUACUGUUUAGUAUCAAAGAAAACUUCAAUUGUGAUACCGUCAAGUUUCUGGCUAUAAUUUAUUUACAAGCUGAUUCCAAACACCCAUCUAAAUGUAUGAUAUCCAGAUUUGUAAGUAAAAACAAUUUUAUCCAGAAUGAAUUUACCGAGGUUCUAACAAAAGAAAUAGAUCACCUCAUUGAUCAAACAUGCACAGAUUACAAUAGCUAUGUGUAUGUUAUCAGUAAAGUGACAAGCUGUACAGAAAACUUCCCCUCGGGAGCGGCUGCAGUAAAAAACUUAGAAAUGAAGUUGGCUAAUUACUUUAAAGAUUGUUUACACUGUUGUAUAAGCACAUUAAGGGAUGAAAAAAUUUUAGCACCUACAGAGAAAAAUGAAAUAUUUUCCCUAGCCCACUCAACUCUGAGGUUGAUAUUGUAUAUAGUACAAAAAAUAUGUGAAGUAAAUAAACCUAAGUUAAUGGCAUUAUAUAAUGAAAUAAGGAAUAGCUUAAAAUAUUUGCUAUGUGACGCCGAUGUACCAAUAGACACCAAAUCAGUUUGUGGUAUUCUGUAUGUGUCUAUGCAUAUAAUGGAGAAUGGUUCUGAUUCUUGGAUCGAUAUCCUUUUAACAGAACAUAAUGACAACAAUUUCAAAGACAUUUUAUAUGAUGAAGCUGCAAAGUUAAGCAUAUACUCAGCAUUAGUCACAGUAAUACCCAUAGAGAAACUGAAAGAAGAGCUGCCCGAUGGAGAACCAGCUAUUAUUAAAAUUACCAAUAAUAUAUUGGAAAUAGGUGAAAGAUGUUCUGCAGACGUGAGUAUUACACUGGGCGUAACUCGAGCCCUAGUGGCAGUGUCUCGAGCCCCGGGGGCCGCCCCCGCGCUACCCGGAACACUGCUGCAGGCGCUGGGGCCGGCGCUCGACCACCACGCCGACGCCGUGCGACACCUCGCCGCGCACGCGCUGCGGAACCUCGUGCGCUACUGCCACGGUAAUGAAGAAGCUAUGGAAGAACUGUUCGGGAAAUUGAUUCACUUGGACAGAGAACGGAAAAGCUUUUAUGUGAGCCUCACUUCGUUAACGAGUGUGUUAGGAGCAGAAAAUAUUAUGAAAAAGUUGCCUAACAUCGUCUCUGAUUUAAUAUCAGCGCUACAUAUACAAGCGGUACAAGCUAGCGCCACUACAACAUUAGAGACGCUUCUGCAGAAGCACAUACAGACAUCCAACAGUGACGUUAUAUUCGAGCAAUGGAUAAAACGAAUACUUAUUCACAUAAACGAUGAUUCCAUCGAUUCCGCUGUUAUGAAUAUUCUAGAAAGUCUACUCGUACUUGCCCUGAAGCUCGACAGCGGCCUUGUGGACUAUUUGUAUGUGAGUAGAAUUUUGUGUAUAUCCCUCAUAGUGGAGUCUCCCAAAACGACGGAAAUAUUCGAGGAAGGUGAACUUGACCUCAUCCUCUGGUUUUUGACGUACAACAUCAACGCUCAGGAACCGCACUUCAGGCAACAAGUACUAGCUCUUAUGAAAAAGUUCAUAAAACGUCUUAAAAAUAGUUACAAAGUACUGCUACGGGAAAGUAAACCUUCGAAAGAGAACAACGGUCAAUACUACCUGAGGUUUCUGGGCGGCUUGAGAUACUUCUGCUUUGAUAGCUUGAUUGUUGGGGCUAACUACAGCCGGAGACAUGUUGCUUUGCAGAUUUUAAUAUGGGUUGAAGAAAUGGACAUGGAAGGGUUUGGCAGGGAUUGGAAAGACGAUGAAAUAGAAAUACUCCUGCGACAUCUCGGCGACAGUUACGAGGUCAACAAAGCUCUUGCCUUGGAGCUGUUGUGUCGAUGUCCUAAAGAUAUUUUGAAGUCUAAAAAGUUCAGCACAAGUCUAGACCUAAACGACAUAUUAACUGAAGCGUCUUCAAUAAAACCUACGGACUGUGUAACUGCGGCCUACAAACUGAAGCUACUUAUAAACACUCUCCCGGAUCACAUUGUAGAGGGAAGUGAUAGCAACGAACCAAAUAAAGUGAAGUUUGUCCUGCUAUGCAUCUUGUUGGAAGAAGUAUACAAGCAGGUAUCUUUAUGUAAGCAGAGCAUAGUUCUGGCGGCCCGUAAUGCGCCCAUGUAUGGGUUAUUGCACUGUGUGGCGCACAGUGUGGGGGAUGUUAGUCCGAUUGGUCUCCCACCGGACGAGUGGACGGCCUCGAUACAUCACACGGUGGACGUGUGUGAACAAGUGUGGACGUGUACUGCUGCCGUGCUCAGCAGCGCCGCGCCGGAAGGCCACCUGCCCACCAGGGGGGAACAGGGGAGUAUUCUGCUAGAAGAUGGGAAGGAGGUGACGGCACAGAUGGUCCUCUUGUGCGCCUGGAGGUCGAUAAAAGAGAGGGUGGGGCCACUAGAUAUCUAUCCGAUAACUGGUUGGAACCGCUACGGGUACGCGACCCCGGACUACUCUAGCUGCGACGCGCAGAUGCAGCACCCGGCGUCUGUGGGAAAUGGACAAGGGUUGCUGCUCCAGGGACGGGGGCAGCGUAAGAGGCGAGUCCAGAGGGUGAGCUUGAGGAUUGCGAGUUGGAAUGUGGGUACGAUGACUGGGAGAGGACGAGAGCUAGCAGAUGUUUUGGAAAGGAGACGGAUAAAUAUAGCGUGCUUGCAGGAGACGAAGUGGAAGGGACAGAGAGCAAGAGAAAUUGGGGCGGGUUAUAAGUUUUAUUAUUGCGGCUGUGAUGGGAAAAGAAAUGGCGUAGGUAUAGUGUUAGAUAGAGAGCUCAAGAACAAGGUGAUGGAUGUGAAAAGAGUGAAUGAUAGAGUUAUUGCAGUAAAACUGUUGAUUGAAGACUCGGUUUUAAAUGUCGUUAGUGUGUAUGCGCCGCAAACGGGAUGCGAUGACAGUAUGAAAGAAAGAUUUUGGGAGGAUUUUGAUGCGGUAAUAAUGAAAGUACCAGAGUGUGAGGAAAUAUACAUUGGGGGGGACUUUAAUGGACAUGUGGGAAGGAUGAAUGACGGGUAUGAGAGGGUGCAUGGGGGCAGAGGUUACGGAGUUAGGAACCGAGACGGUGAAGCUCUACUUGAAGCAGCCUUGGCCUUUGACUUAGCAAUAGCCAACACAUUUUAUCAAAAACGGGAACAACACCUUAUCACAUACCGUAGUGGUCUACACUCUACCCAAAUUGACUACAUUCUUUUAAGAAGAAACAGGCUAAAAUCGGCCAAGGACUGCAAGGUAAUACCGAGUGAGAGUCUCGUCUCCCAGCAUAGGCUACUGCUCCUGGACUUAACUCUGAAAGUUCAGAGUUUAAAUAAGAGCCCGAAGCCCCCAGUUAGAACGAAAUGGUACAGAUUGGAUGAUAGGGAGGUGGCUGCAGAAUUCCGGGAAAGAGUGGUUGGUAAAAUGAUAGAGAUGGGAGAUAUGGUGGGGAUGGGAGUAAACGAGUGCUGGAGUGAGAUGGCAACGUGGGUGCGAAGUGUGGUGUCCUUAAUCCUCGGCAACUUAGUGACUCGAGCGUUGAUCCAAGAUGGAUUCGAUCCCGCUACCCGCUCCGUCCUAGUACGUCGUGUGGGAGACCUUUUCACCACUCUGCUGACGGAGACCAAACACCGAGGGGCCUUCGAGCAAGUGUACGUGGGCUUCACCAAGAUGCUCACCAGUUUAUGGCGAAGUCGUAAUCCAGAAUUCAAUGAAUUGCCCAAACUUUGGCUAGAAGAAUUAAUUUCGGCCAUGGAGAACGGCGACCCCCGUGGGAAGCUGUGUGCCACACGCCGCAGUGCGGGACUGCCCUUCAUGAUUCAGGCACUGGUGAUAACUGAGCUGCAGGUGAAGAGCAACCCGCAUGGUUUCGACGAGUGCGUGACGCGCUUACUGCGGCUAGCGGCUGGUAGCGCUGUUGCCAGUAGCGUCAAAAGUCUCAGUAGUGUCAACACCAGUACCGUUGGUGCCGGUAGCGCUAGUGACGGUGCCAGUAGUGCUACUAGCUCCGGUGCCAGUAGUGCAAGUAGUUCCAGUGCUAGUAUCGCCCGCGGUGUCGGUAGUGCCAGUGAUGUCAGUGCCAGUGCCGGUGGUGCCAGUAGUGCCAGCAGUGCCAGCAGUGCCAGUAGUACCAGCAGGCCCGGCGGUAGCGUGCACGCGCUGAACGCCCUGCGCGCGCUGGUGCGCGAGCGCGCGCUGCACGAGCGCGUGGCGAAGUACGCCACCUCCGCGCUGCUGCUGGCGCUGACGGCCUUCGAGCGGGACUCUUGGCUCGAGCGUAAUUCAGCUACGUUGCUAUUCAGUGCGCUGAUGGUGCGCAUAUUUGGCGUCCAGCGCACUAAAGACUCGGAAAACUUGUGCGUGAGGAACCGAAUGACGGGACGAAUAUUCUUCCUGAGAUAUCCGAUGUUAUACGACUUUAUGCUUGAUAAACUUAAGGAGGUCAGUGAAAAUAACGAUGAAAGGCUGCUACGUCCCUCCUUGUACCCAAUCCUCCUGCUGCUGGCCAGGCUCUACCCCUCCUCGCUGGAGGGAACGGUGUCCAAUUUGAAGCUGACCGCUUUUGUGCCUCUGGUGCGUGCAUGUGCGCGUAGUGCGGUGCUCACGACGCGCCGCCUCGCAGCCAGAGCCAUUAGUGCGCUCGUGGAGCCCGAGCGGUAUAUCGCACAUAUUGAAGAAGUGUUCGAACUGAUAAACAACAGAACCAUUAAAAAGAACUACUGCCACGGGCUUUUAUUACAGUUAAUAAAAUUAUUGGAGUCAAAGCCAGAAAAGCUUUCUAUCGACAAGAAUCAGAGUCGCUUUCUGCAGCUCAUUAAGCAGUCAGAAUGGAUUCUCCAUCAGAGUUUAGGAGAUGUGCCGUGUUACGUGAUAGCCGACGAAUAUAUCAAGAUGAUAAACGUGCUUAUAUGGAGGUUUGAUGCAUUAAUAGAAAAAGGUUUUAUUAUCAAUAUCCAAAAAACUUUAAACCAACUUAUCUUCAAUGACAGUAAAUUUAAAAUAAAUCCAGGAAGAGAAUUGUGUCUAGCAAACGCCGCGUACCUUCACAUUAUUAUUUCACACAAAUAUAACCAUAGCACGAAUGUACCUGAAUUUGUUUACAAGUGUCUUGCGCACAAAAACUACGAAGUCACAUGCGCUAUUUUAAACUAUUUGUUAAUACUAAUUAAAGAUUUAGAACUAGAAAAUAACUUCCAAAAUCAUAUAAGUGAAAUAUCUGAUGGGUUGCGUUUGUUUGAAAACGACCCCAAAUAUAUCGAAAACUUGUGCAAAACUUUGAGAUCAAGUAAAUAUUUGGAGUGCACCCAAAAGUGUCUGAAACUUUUAACUCUCAAAGAUGACACAGCAAGGAUUAUAAUAAAAGCAAAAAUGGGUGAAAAUGGCGAUAUUUCAGACGAUCUAGUCGUGGAUAAAUUACUUUACUACAUAGAUAAUGAGCACGAAAAUUUGAUGCACUUUUACUUGGGUAGUUUGUGUAAAUUCCUGCGCACUAGAAUGGCGGUAGGUGUGGCAAAUGAGCAGAAGUUUCUAGAAGCCCUGAAAGUUAUUUUCUCGUGCAGUUUGCCAAACAAUAGUGACGAGACGAGAAUGACUGUUGUUGACUUUCUAGAGGAAAGUCUGUCGAUGGUUCCAGCUUUGCUGGAUAUGAAAUUUCAAAAACUUAGUGAAGAGGAUCGAUUCGCGGCGCGUGCCCUGCCCCGCUGUGCUGCGGCCGCCGCGCUGCACGACGACUCCAACGUCGCCCGCGCCGCCCUGAGCCGCCCGCCCGCCCUGACAAGCCCGCCCGCCCUGCACACGCGCGCCUCGCGGGCUCUGCUCCACACGAUACCCCCAGAUGACUUACAGAUAGCGACACUGGCGCUAUUAGCGUUACUGGACUUUAAGGUCGAAGUGACCUCUGAUGACCUUGACCCUGAGUGUCGAGUUUUCGAUCAAAACGAAAAAUACAAUAUUUAUUUGGAAGAAACUAUUUGGACCAGAGACUGCGCACGGAGAAUAAAAGAAGUAUGCGAAGAAAAGGACAUUUGUGAAUAUAUAUACAAUACAAUAAAUGAAAAGAAAUAUGGACAAAUAUUUGAAAUGUUAUGCGGAGACAAUUUUCUAAUGUUUGAAAAGUUUAUUAACGGUCCGGAAAACAAUAUCAACCCAAGAGUUAAAAUUUUCAUUGAUACACUGAGAAGUACUUAAUCCGGUUAUGAAGGACCAAUUUUCAGUUAUGCAAAUUUAAAUGGAAAAUAAAUGGUUUUUUUAAAAAGUAAUUUAAAUA